GUGGGGGGCAGUGUUGUCAUUUUGUUUCUCAUACAACGAAGAAGAAGAACGAGAAGAACCCACGUUUGUUAAAGCCUCUCACAUUACAUUUGCAGCGAAGGUAGGCAGCAGGUUACUUCUAUCCCAGAAAAUGAACGGACUGAACAACGAGCCAAUGACACCACAGACCUUCCUUUAUGGGUGUGUUCUGGAAGCCGGGAAGGAGGUGGUCUUCAACCCUGAUGAUGAUGAGUUGGAGCAUCAACUAGAUCUGAGGAUGGUAUGUGUGGACCCCAGCUCAAAGGACGAACUCCACUUGGUGGAGGUUGAAGGACAGGAUUCGGAGGGUCAGAAGGUCAAGGCAGUGCUAGCUUCACUCAAGCCGUCCACCCUGCCCAGCGUGUGUCUUGGUGGGUUCACAGUCACACCCCCAACAGUGUUUCGUCUGAAGACGGGUUCGGGUCCAGUUCACCUCAGUGGACAGCACCUCAUCAUGAUGGAGACUGACCAGUCUUUUGAUGAAGAUGAUGAUGAAGAAGAAGAGGAGGAGGAGGAAGAGGAGGAAGCCGUUCCAGCGUCAAAGAAAAGAUCCAUCCCAUUCGCCGCUGCUAAGUCUCAGAAAAAAAUGAAAAUGGAAGCAGGAGAUGACGACGAUGAGGAGGAAGAUGAUGAGGAUGAUGAGGAUGAAGAGAGUGAAGCUGAGGAAUCACCAGUAAAGGCCAAACAAACCCAACCCAAAGCAACUCCAGCCAAACCAAAAGGCCCGGCUCAGAAUGGCAAGAACUCCGCACAGAGCACACCUGCCCCAAAGCAGAAGACCCCCAAGGGGAAAGCCGAGAAGUCACCGAAGACUCCGGCGACUCCCAAACAGGAAUUAACCUUGCCUCAGCUGAAAGCCAAGCUGAUGGAGGCAAUGAAGAAGGGUACCACAUUACCUAAAGUGCAGCCCAAGUUUGAGAACUUUGUGAAGAACUGCAACAAAGUGACCAACCCCCAGAUGGUUGCAGAUCUGUGGAAGUGGCGACAGUCGCUGAAGGACGAAAAGUAGCUGACUCUCUAGUUUUUACCAAUUUUAUGACCUGUUCAUCCCCAUAGCCUCUCAUAUUCUCCACGUCUAAGUCUGUGCCUCAGUUUUCCUUGGAAUCACUCUGCCUUCCUGAAUGUAGAGGUUGAAUAUGGUGAACAUCUGAAACAUUAGUUUCACCCUCUCCUUUAGACAAACUGAAGCCUGUUCAAAGAUUACUGGAAAUGAAAGUUGCUGGACUG